AUGAUUGAUGAUCAGCGUGUCUGUAAUGAGUCAGCAGAUCUACAUGGACAGACAGCGAUGUCUUAUGCUUUAAAUGUUGUCGCUGUUUCUUUGUCAAUUCUGAUAAUAUGUGGAAAUCUUCUUGUCAUCAUCUCUGUCGUUUACUUCAAGCAGCUCCACACUCCAACAAACUACCUCAUCCUCUCUCUGGCUGUGACUGACCUGCUUCUUGGCAGUUUAGUUUUACCUUUCAGCACCAUAUUGUCUCUGAGCUCAUGCUCCAAUUCAAGUUAUUUGUUGUGUAAAAUAAGAGAUAUGUUUGAUAUAUUACUAUGUACAUCAUCCAUUUUAAACUUGUGCUGUAUAUCCAUCGACAGAUAUUAUUCAGUGUGUCAUCCACUAGCAUAUAGAAGUAAAAUGAAUGUUUGUGUAAUUCUGACCAUGAUCCUGGUGAGCUGGACUCUUUCAGCUCUACUGGCGAUAAGCAUCACAGUCCGUGGGAUCGGUAAAGUGAAUCCCACCUGGAGGUGCAAGAUAUUUAUAGCUACAAAGGAAUCAAGCCCCGGACCAAUUUUUACAUUUUACAUGCCAACUGUGAUAAUUUUAUCAAUCUAUCUUAAGAUUUUCAUGGUGGCAAAGAAGCAGGCAAGACAAAUCCAGAACACUAUGAAGUCUGAAGCAGCUCUCAGUAAGAUGGAGAAAAAGGCCAACAAAACUCUGGCUAUAGUGAUGGGAGUCUUCCUCAUAUGUUGGACUCCUUACUUUCUAUUCAAAGGUUUUUACAGUUUGGGAAUAGUCACAAUACCAGUUUCAGCCAUUGAAGGAUUUAAAUGGUUAGGAUGGUCCAAUUCUAUGUUAAAUCCUCUGGUUUAUGCUUUUUUCUACAGGUGGUUCAGACGAGCUUUUACUAUGAUCAUUUCUGGUCAAAUAUUUCAGGGAGAUUUUUCUAAUACAAAAUUGUUGUGA